ACAGUCCAUGACGGUACUGGACGGUGACGGCAGGGUGACGGUACGUGACGUCUUAGCUCUGUACGUUAUACGUUAUACUUGCACGUUGUAUCUGCAUUGCGAAUGUAUACAUAUAGCGACAAAAGAGUGAAAAAUUGAGUUCGCAAUAUAUAAUACAGAGACUUGGAACCUUUGAAAUCUGAAGUAAUUAGAAGCGUUCGUUACAGCUGACACAUUGACAGAGUGUGAUUAUUUGGCGCGUUGUAACCAGUUGUAUAUUGUAACGGGCAAAGGCAAUAACUCACUAAUCACUAGUCACUGUCACUAAUUACUGAUUAGCGAUCAGUGAAGAUAACGUAUCGCUAGUGAGUAUAGUGCCCUUGGUUGGGCACAAGAAAAUCGUGAAGAUUGCGUAUAUUUCACGAGAAGAUAUGCCAGACAGUGGUGCUGUUUAUCAACCCACGACGGUGGGUUACACGUACGAUAGCGGAGGUGACGGUGCUGGAGGUGGCGGCGGGUUAAGAAGUGGUUUCUGGAGAAUCAUAUCCAGGCAUAAACUCAGUUCUAGAAAAUGGUUCGAAUGGGUAUUAAUUUCGGUCGCAUUGUCAUUUUUCAUUGCUGGCUUCACGACGAUGCUGGUCGGUUUAGUAUCGGAUGACACAUCACAGCAAAAUAAAAUAGAGAUAAAGGUGAAUGACCAUCCAACAACAUCCGCGACAACUAUAGAAGAACACGUCGAAGACACGGCGAAAAGUUCCGUGGCAUUAGGUGCUGGUAUGAUGUUUGUCGGCCUGCUGCUGGGCUUUAUCUGGGCAUGGCUUCGUUUCUUCCAUCGCGGCAAAUCUCCGAGAAGCGGAAUGGUUGGAAGCAGCGGUCAGAUGUUGGGCGGUUUGAAUCCAUCGACUGACUUGCUGGUGGGUUCCACUUCGCAGUACGGGCCAGUACUCACGGAGUUGCCGAGUCAACUGAAGAUGAAGCAGUCAAAUUCCCAUGAUACUCCGGCGAUACCGCUUUCCGAUCAGGAAGAAGAGACGCGUACAUUAAUGCAAGAUUCUACGAUUCCUCCAACUGUCUCCAUUGGCCCUAAUGCUAUCGUUAAUCAGAUUCCAGGUUGAGUACAAAGGCUAGCCGCAUCGAUGUGUAGUAAGAGCACACGAUACAAACAUUGUUUUACUUUUACGCGAACCAACCUGAAUCGCAGUCUUUGCCAUUUUGCCAUUUACUUGAUUUGCCUCUGAACCGACGUCUAUCUUUGAACUUUCCUUGGCUACUUUAAUCGAUGUUACGUUUGUAAAUUUAUUUGUACUUUUCCUUUUAUUCGAGCAGUUUUAAAAUGUUAAACAUUUUAUUUCUAUAGAAUGUCGGCACAAGUACUAGUAUAAGGUUUCGAUUACGAUACUUGUUGUACCUUAAAUUUCGUGGUUGCUUUUAUCUAUGCAUUCCUCCACUCCGUCCAUUAUCGUUGGUGAUGUGUUAGAUAAGCAUUGGAUCCAGAUGUUUGAAAUGUUUCAAGGAAAUGGUUUGGAAUACGAUACGAGUUAUUUUUCCGAAAAUUAUUUUCACUAUCGUUUAAGUACAUAGCAUGUUCGGUAGUAAUACCAAUGUCGAUGUUCUUGGUAUGGUUGUGAGUUGUAUUAGUACUUUAUAUUGGCCUUGAAAGAAGACCAAUUACGAAUGCAUGUAUAAACAAGUAAUAUUUUAUAUUCUCUCCAAAUUGAAUAUAACAGCAGCGUUGAGUGCGAUCGACAAUAUUCGUAACAAAAUAUUUGCUCAUCUACACGUAUAUGGAGAAAAAUGAGCUGUAACGCAUGAUGGUAUUAGCAGAGUAAACACGGACGUGUAUAUAUUAGAAUAACAUACGUAAAUUACGAUACAAGGUAAUCCUAUGUUUGCAAACUAAUUGCAAGUUGGAAUGGGUGCGAUACGGAGCAGCAAAGGGAAUGCACUGCACAAUUUUUGUUGUAUUACUUUAUCUUUUUUAUACUUAUGUUAGUUAUAAUUAGUACACUUAACUGCAUACUAUUCAAUUAGCAUGUAUGCCUAAUAAUAUACAAGUACACCUUUUAUAAUAUAAAUAUUUUAUCUCUUUAAUGGAA